AUGGCAGCGCUGUCCUCGUCGUCAUCAGCACAUCCUGAACAUCUUCAACAGCUAUCAGAAGAAAGUACUCGCCUUCGGACGCAAAUCAGAGCCGACAUUGAUGAGGCGGAUGACCCGCUCGCGCUGUACGACCAAUUCGUGAAAUGGACGUUCGACAAGUAUCCACCGGAAUACAUCGGCUCUUCUGGACUGUUGGAACUAUUGGAAGAAGCGACGAGGAGGUUUAAGGAUGAUGCGAGCUACAAAGGCGACUUGCGAUACUUCAAAAUGUGGUCUAUGUAUGCAUCUCUGGUGGACAAACCUGGUGUUGUUUUCAAAUUUCUGUUAUCUCGAGGAAUCGGCACUGUGUAUGCGCAGCUAUACGAAGAGUACGCUCUUGUAUUAGAAAGGGACAAUCGCUACCCAGCAGCCGAAGAAGUUUAUCGAGCUGGUAUACAGCGUAAAGCGCGUCCUACGGAAAGGCUCAAAAAGCGCUAUGACCAAUUUCGUCAGAGAACCUCUACGAAGCCACCGACGCCCGCUCCUCUCCCUAAUCACGACACACCCCAUCCGAAGGCGGCUGCUGCGAGCCUUCCACGCUCUGUCUCAUCGGCGACUAUAUCAUCAUCAUCCUCCCUCCCCUCUGUUUCUUCCUCAUCUGCUGCCCAUGAUCGAUAUGCCCCCAUGCUCGCGCCUCCAGUGCCGGGAAAACGACCGGAGAAGUUGCGUUUCGACCUUUCGCUGUUAUUCACGGAGGAUGCCAUGGAAUACAGCAUUCAUGAGGCGCGCGCUCGUUCUAUGGGCCUUCUAGGCAAGAAAUGGGGCCCACCGCCGCCAUCUGAAAUGACCCGUUACGCGGGCUCAUCUGCACGCGUCAACUUUAAUGACGACGGUACGAAGUCUAGCCGCGUCUACACUUCCACUGGUCGAAAGAGUCUUAUGACGGCCGAGCCCACUGUGACGAUCAACACAAAGGAGGCGCUUGCCGACGUCUUUGGGAUGUACAACUCUCCGGAAAAGUCCAUGCGGUUUGCGACGAUGCCGGGGAGCAAGCAUGCUCCAGUCCGCAAAAUCGAGCCUAUUACUCCGAUGGCUUCGUUGCUUCCACACGGUCGGCCGAUGAUGAACAACGAAAAUGCGGUACAGGGCGUCAAGACGCCCGUCGCAUUCAGGCCAUUUGUCGACGAGAAUAUGAACCGGAAAGAGAAUGCUACUCCUGGCCCUGCGAAGUUUAAGCCUUUCGUGGACGCCGAUCUAGCUCAGAAGACCCCGACUGUGGAGUCCGAUAACGGCCGCAAGGCACUGGGGAGCAAAGAGUUUGGCAUCGCACGAGGGUCUAUCCUCAAACCGAAAACGGGCGAGAAUGCUCUGGGCCCUGCACUCUCGCAAAACUCUACUCCUCGUUCCAGAUUCGACCGCAAGCCCAUCUCUAACGUCUUUUCUGACGAAAGAGAGGAACCCGUAUUUCAGCCGCACCCAGAGACCAGCGUUUUCAGUGCCGUUGAAGAGCCUGAGAACGCGGGGAUCAACGCUUCACAACCCGCAAAAUUCACGCCGUUUUCCAACGCUCAGCCGUUCAGGGUAUUCAGCCAGCCUGCAGAGGAUGAGAACGAGAUUCCUCCACCACCGCCCAGAUCGGUUGGCUUUAAGCCCUUUAUCGAUUCUGAAAACGCCGCCCCUCCUCGCCGCCAGAUUCUUGGCGAACGUCCACCACUACGGGCAUUUGCUCCCGAGGAGGCGGAAGUACACGAGCACGAGGAGGACAGUAUCAUUGAUUAUGAUGAAAGUGAAGCGUAUGAAAGCCACGAAGAAUUAGAGCAGAAUGCCUCAGUCGAUCCCGCGGAGAUGGAAUAUGGCUACGAGGAUGAAUCUCACACCGACCUGAAGGCACAUCGAACACCUCUGGGCGGCCGAUUCGGGCAGUUCAAUGUCAUGACACCCAUCACCGAGCGGACGUUUGAAUACACGUCCACCAGUCGAACAUCGGCUUUUGCUGAACACACAGGGCCCGUUGACAAGGGUUUUGUGCAAUCGUUGGCCAUCGAGAAUGCCGAGCGUUUGGCGGCUGAAUUGCGAGAGGAGGAGGAAAACACCCGGAACACUGGACGUUCUCCCCGGCCGCGCCCAUUUCGCGUGUCCGACGGCCAUACCAUCUCCGUUGGAAUGCUUCAAUCUGCCGGACUCGGCGCUUCGUCUUCGAUGUAUAUCGAAGAGAGGACCGAAACCCUCAGUCUAUCUGAUUCUCUCGCUCUGGUGUCGUCAUUUAAACCGCCGAAUCCGUGCAAUCCAUUCGAUCCGCAGAUCAUCGCCACCUUGUUAUCCCUCUUGCCAGCCGAUCAGGAUCCUGCUUAUUUCAACUUUCCCCGUCAAGAGAUCGGGCUACUCGAAGGACUCCAGAAGUUCGGUCGGAAGAACGCCAGACGAACGAGUGGCAAUACUAGCAGCCGCUCCGCCGACGGCCCUCACUACUUCCCUGUAAACCUUGGGCAGCAGCGGUUUCAGGUGUACGAGAAGGUGGGCGAAGGUGGUUUUGGGGCCGUGUUUGCAGCAAAGGACGUGACCUCCAAGCCUGAACCUGACGGCAGCGACGACGAGGACGACGACCUGGACGACGAGGGCGAGGACGAGGACGAGGAAGGGAAGGACAAGGUAGCUCUCAAAGUCGUCAAGCCACGGAACCUAUGGGAGUUCCACGUCCUGCGCAAGGUCCACAAGACGCUCCCCGAGCGAUUGCGCACGUCGAUCAUCCAGCCCCGCGCGCUGCACGCGUUCAAAGACGAGAGCUUCCUCGUCCUCGACCUGUGCACGCAGGGCACCCUGCUCGAGAUCAUCAACCGCGCCAACACGGCCGGCAUCUCGCAGCAGGGCGCGUGCCUGGACGAGCUCCUCGUCGCCUUCUUCACGAUCGAGCUCCUGCGCCUGAUCGAGGGCCUGCACGCGGCAGGCUUCAUCCACGGCGACCUCAAGAUCGACAACUGCCUCCUGCGGCUCGACACCGUGCCCGGCGCAGGCGUCGCCGCGUGGUCCGGGACGUACGACCCCGCCGGUGGGGGCGGGUGGGCGCACAAGGGCAUCCGGCUGAUCGACUUUGGGCGCGCGAUCGACGCGCGCAUGUUCCCCCCCGGGCAGACGUUCGUCGCCGAGUGGCCGACGGACGCGCGCGACUGCGCCGAGAUGCGCGCGGGGCGGCCGUGGACGUACCAGGCGGACUACUUUGGGCUCGCGGGGAUCGUGUACUGCAUGCUCUACGGCAAGUACAUCGAGGCCGCGUCCGUCGCGCCCGUGCCCGGCGCACCGCCGGGCACGUGCAAGCUCGCGACGCCGUUCAAGCGCUACUGGCAGACGGACCUCUGGACGCGGCUGUUCGACGUGCUGCUCAACCCGUGCGCGGUGCACCCCGACGGGCGCCUGCCCGUGCCCGACGCGCUCGCGCGCGUGCGCGUCGACCUCGAGGCGUGGCUGCAGGCCAACUGCAACCGGAGCAGCAACACGCUCAAGGGCCUCCUCAAGAAGGUCGAGCUCGCGGUGAUGAGGGGAGAGUGA